CUUUUUUUUAAAUUUUACUGUAACAAUUAUCUCUAAAAGAAAAUACAAUUCAUCAACCUUCACAUUUAUUAUAUUAUACUAUUCUUAUUGUGCUUUUCAUCAAUUAAAUAAAAAGUAACAUGCGCGGUUAAAAUUUGUGAAAUCGCCACGUUACGGGCUUAUCGCAUCGUAAGAACUGUGAUUGUGCCGUUAAUGUUGCAUUAGUGCGUUGCAUACCAUAGUUUCGGUUCGUUAAUUUCUAUAUACGACACAAUGCAAUAAAUAGUAGCGCGUAAAACGCAUUCAGAGAAGUUGCAUUUGUCCGGAAAAAACUGGCGAAAGUUAAGCUUUUGUACUAUUUCAAUUGUAUUUGAACAAUUACAAAUACGUACUUGUAAAGGUUAGAUCGAAUUCGGAAAGAACGUACUACACAGAUCGCAAGGUUCAAUGCAGCUCUGAUAAAAUAAAUCAGGUUUACACGCAGGGAACCCAAAGGCUAAAAUGGAUAAUAGUAAAGUGGAUGAAGAAAAUCAACGUAAUAUUAAUGAUGGGGACUGGAUUUGUCCCGAUUCUCAAUGUGCCAAUGUAAAUUUUGCAAGAAGAAACUCUUGUAAUCGAUGUGGAAAAGACAGAGGAGAGUGUCCUAAGAAAAAAAAAUUGGGACAAGAAAUUGGUAAAGCAGCUGCAGAGAAAAGUAGAGGAUUAUUCAGUGCUGAUGAUUGGCAGUGCAGUAAGUGUGGAAACGUAAACUGGGCCCGGCGACAGCAGUGUAACAUGUGUAAUGCACCGAAAUUCGGAGAGAUUGAAGAACGUACAGGAUAUGGAGGAGGAUAUAAUGAUCGAGGAGUCGUUGAAUAUAAAGAAAGAAGAGAUGAUGAUGACGAGUACGAUGAGUUCGGGCGUCGUAAAAAGAAGCGAAAGAUUGAAAACCGCUCAGAUGACGAUUCCAAAGAUUCUAGGUAUAGCAGCCCGCCACGUAACAAGUCUAAGGACGAGGAUGAAAGAGAUGAAGUAGAGAAUGAAGAAGAUCAAAAUGAUGAAGACGAAGAGGAAGAGGAAGACGAUGAAGAAGAUGGUGAUUUAUCGAAAUACGAUCUUAGUGAAUGGGAUGACUUUGCAAUUAAGAAAAAUACAAAUGGGAGCACUGCAUCUUCAGAAGAACAACAAUCAAGAGAUAAAGAUGACUGGCGCGAUUCGGGAACAUCCAGUCAAUGAGAAGAUGUGCAGAAGGAAAGGUUUGACUUGGGUUUCGGGUAUAAAAUUGGUUGCGACAAUGAAUCGCGAUAUUAAUGGAUGAAAUUGCUAAACGGCACAUUUGUUUUAAACCUUUUAGAGAUAGCAUUAUCGUAUUCCUUAUUAGUUAGAUUCAUAAUGGCAUGGUUAAAAGGAAGAUAUAGUUUUAACAAGCCUGAUGGAGGUCAUAAUUCAAUACUCGUUAAAUAAAUGAUUUUUUACAGGUGAGAGGAAAUCCCAUGAGCGAAAAAUUGCUCGACUACUAAGAGAUAUAACACAACGCAACAAAUUUAGUGAUUUAGUAAGCACCUUUGGAUAAAGUGAUGGACGAUAUACAACUUAUUGCAAAGGGAAUCGAUUAACAAAUAAGCUUUACAUUUCGUGACUGAACUCAUAACUUCGUUUGACUCUAUGGAUGGAGAAUGAAAUGUAGGUUACUUAUUUGCGCAAUAUUGUCCUAAAUAUUGCAUAGUAAUGUGGAAAUUCGUAAAAUGCUUGACGCAGGUAGAAUAUUUCGCUAGUAAAUGAAAACAAGAAAAAAAAAA